GCCGCCGCCCAGCUGUGCCGGGGCGUCCUCCGGAGAUGCUGCCGUGGAAGAAGCACAAGUUCGAGCUGCUGGCCGAGGCGCCGCCGCGACAGGCGUCCAAGCCCAAAGGCUACGCUGUGAGCCUGCACUACUCGGCGCUCAGCUCUUUGGCCAGGGCCUGCCCUGAAGGCGCGCUCAGCCGGGUGGGCAGCAUGUUCCGCUCCAAGCGCAAGAAGCUGCACAUUACCAGCGAGGACCCUACUUACACCGUGCUCUACCUGGGUAAUGCCACCACCAUCCAGGCGCGCGGCGACGGUUGCACUGACCUAGCCGUGGGCAAGAUCUGGAGCAAGAGCGAGGCUGGCCGUCAGGGCACCAAGAUGAAGCUGACCGUGAGUGCUCAGGGUAUCCGCAUGGUGCACGCCGAGGAGCGCGCCCUGCGCCGCCCGGGCCACCUCUACCUGCUACACCGCGUCACUUACUGCGUGGCAGACGCGCGGCUCCCCAAGGUCUUCGCCUGGGUAUACCGGCACGAGCUGAAGCACAAGGCGGUAAUGCUGCGCUGCCACGCAGUGCUGGUGUCCAAGCCAGAGAAAGCUCAGGCCAUGGCCCUGCUGCUCUACCAGACGUCAGCCAACGCUCUGGCAGAAUUUAAACGCCUCAAGCGGCGGGACGAUGCGCGCCACCAGCAGCAGGAGCUGGUGGGUGCAGACACCAUCCCUCUAGUGCCACUGCGCAAGCUGCUCCUGCACGGACCUUGCUGCUACAAGCCGCCGGUGGAGCGCAGCCGCAGCGCUCCCAAGCUUGGUUCCAUCACCGAGGACCUGCUUGGAGAACAACAGGAGCAGGAGCUGCAGGAGGAGGAGGAAGAGGAGCACCUCGAGGGCUGCCUGGAAGAGGAGGAAGAGGACUGUGUGCGGGAUGGGGAGCCAGCGGUGGAGGAGGCCGAGGCGCAAAGGGUGCUGGUGGCGGCCAUGCACUUGGAAUGUGGGGACUUGCUGGACACGUUGGAGAAUGGCCACGAGGAGGCGCUGGGGGGCGGCGGGGUCUCGCUGGGUCCCAGAGCGGAGACACCUCCGCUGCCAGCCUGUGCCUCUGACAUGACCGCCCAGCUGUCGCAGCUUAUUAGCGACCUAGGCGACCUCAGCUUUGGCAAUGACGUGCACACCCUGCAAGCGGACUUGCGCGUGACUCGCCUGCUGUCGGGAGAGAGCACCGGCAGUGAGAGCUCCAUCGAGGGAGGAGGCCUGGAUGCCACCUCUGGGGACCGGUCCGGUCCUGCUGACAGCGCCAGCCUAGAUGAGCCCUACUCCGGCUGAGCGCCCAGAAGACUCCUCCAUGCACCCGGAACCCCCAAAGCGGCUCCCCAACCACAGCAACCUCUUUCUCCUCCUAGUCCCCAGGGAAAUGGUGCACUUGAGGUCCAGACCUGAGUUUGGGGCCCAGGUCUGGUCUUGGGUUCCCAGUGACUGCUUCCCUUCCACCCCGACCCCAGCACUUUUGGCUGUUUGAGGUGGCUCAGGUUGUGUGGGGAGAUGUGGGAGGAGAGAAAGCCCUCCAAAGGAAAGAGAGGCAGCCCCACAGGGGUGUGGGUGAAGGAAGGCUGCCUGAAGUUGGAAAAGUCUAAGGGCGGCUGGAGGUGCCUGCAAGGCCAGUUUCCUGUUUGUGAGGCUGCUGAGGCCUGGGAAGGAGGGGCUAGCUUCCUCUCCAGACCCCCUGACUGGGAGGCCUCUCAAUGUCAUUGAUGUCAUUAACAAAGUCGCUCUGACAAUGAUGGAGACUUUAAUGCCACCUUCCUGCCCCCGGUUCUUUUUAGUAUGAGAGCUUGGGCUGUUUACCUCAGAAUCAGACUCUUGAAAUUCUGCCAAAUUUCUCAGAUAACUUUUAUUUCAGGGGGGCAAGUAUGAAAGUUGCAUUUUGUUUACAGUAAAAGACAUCUAAUAUCUACAAAAGGAGUUUUCCUUUAGAAACACACACCUUCCUUUUGUCCCAAAGAUCCUACUCCAUGAUGCUCUGUAAAAUAUUUUUGCACUGUUGUGAAGUAUUUUUGACAUCUUUUUUUUUUGUACAUAACUGUGUUCUCAGCUGAAUGUUUAUAUAUCUUUUGCUGUGCAAAAGAAACCUGUAAAAUGUUGUUCAGUUGUAUAUACAGAAAUGUGUAUAAAACAUUUUGUUAUUUUUUGAGUAGCAUUGUUCUGGUUCUGUUUGCAAACUAGUGGGGAGAGAAUAAAGAGGAAAUGCUGCCGAA